GUUAAACCCUACGAAAUGCUGAAAACAGGGUUUUGUAUAAGAAUGGAAGAAGAAUGAGUGUUGGAAGAAAGUGAAGAAAAACUGGCAUGUGGGCUGUGACGGCAAAACCAUUUAUCAAAUCCCAUUUUCUAAAACACACCCUUCCACUUCUUCUCAUGGCAAACCAAACAUCACUCUCCUUCUCGUCUGGGUCUCCCGUACACGUGCCUCUGAAGCGCGUGGGCACACACAAUGGAAGUUUUCACUGCGACGAGGCCCUUGGCUGCUUCAUGAUUCGCCUCACUCACAAAUUUAACAACGCCGAAAUCGUUCGCACCCGAGAUCCUCAGGUUUUGGAGGGUCUUGAUGCUGUUCUUGAUGUUGGGGGAGUCUAUGACCCUGCCCGAGAUCGGUAUGAUCAUCAUCAAAAGGGUUUUGAAGAAGUUUUUGGACAUGGUUUCUCCACUAAAUUGAGCAGUGCUGGUCUUGUUUAUAAGCAUUUUGGAAAGGAGAUUAUAGCAAAAGAACUGAAGGUAGAUGAGGUACACCAAGACGUCCAUCAGAUAUAUUUGGCGGUUUACAAGAGCUUCAUGGAGGCAAUUGAUGCUAUAGACAAUGGAAUCAAUCGAUAUGAUACAGACCUGCCUCCGAAAUAUGUGAAUAAUACUCAUUUAUCCUCAAGAGUAGGAAGGUUAAAUUUGGACUGGACAGAUCCUGAUCAGUCAGCUGAGAAAGAAAAUGAGGCCUUUCAACGUGCCAUGGCUCUUGCUGGCAGUGAAUUUCUGGACAGCGUUCGUUUUCAUGUAAAGUCAUGGUUACCAGCAAGGUCAAUUGUAAUUGAGACCAUAGCAGCUAGACAGACUGUUGAUCCUAGUGGAGAAAUUCUAGUUUUGACUAAAUUUUGUCCUUGGAAGCUUCACUUAUUUGAGCUUGAAGGGGAGUUGAAAAUUGACCCUCCAAUCAAAUAUGUUCUAUAUCAGGAUGAAAGAAGCAAACAAUGGAGAGUGCAGUCAGUUGCAGUGUCUCCUGACAGUUUUGAUAGCCGAAAGGCUCUACCCUCUCAGUGGCGAGGGUUAAGGGAUGAAGAACUGUCAAAGGAGGCUGGCAUUCCUGGCUGUGUUUUUGUGCAUAUGAGUGGAUUUAUUGGUGGAAACCAAAACUUUGAUGGUGCCUUGGCCAUGGCAAGGGCUGCUUUGAAGAUGUAGACAAAGGAUCAUGUGAACCAAAGGCUAUUGUCAUUAAUUUUGCAUACUCAACCAGAUUAGGACUUGGCACAUAGGCUUCAAGCUGGUUCAAUAUCAACUUCAAGAACUUAUUUACUGAUAUGUGGGUAUAUCUUAUCCAUAUUUUCUUUCUAUAGUUUAACCAUGUACAAUGAAUAUAUGAUGCUUAAUUUAUAGAUUACUGUUAUUGGUCUUAACGUUAUUAUUGUCUAUUAAGGAUUAUGAAUUUUCUUGUGUCUAUUUUGUUCUCUUUAGAAAGCAUAAGUAACAUCCGAAAUCGAUAAACCAAUUCUAAGAA